UUCCCCCCUCCCAAGCAAAGGGUGAGCUUGCCUUGACAGGCAGUCACUCGUAGAAGCUGCUGCUACUCCCAGUGUGUAGGCGCUCACAAAUCAGGAAGGAGGGGAAAGUGAUAGAGAAACAACAAAACCAAACACCCAAAAACUCCUCCAAAACAGCUGACGAUGAAAGUGACCAGGAAGAAAGCAACUUGAAGGCAGCUGGAGGAGAAGGACAACGAUUUUCCUAGAAACCUGGAACAGCAAAUCUGACCUUCCUUGGGAGAACAUUAGGCUAACCACGCAAGUGCUUCAGAGCGACAAUUGCAGCUGUGUCUGUGGGCUGCUGCUGAGAGCCAAGCAGAUGCCUGUGGAGCAGUAGUCUGCUAUGUGCUGGUGGACCUGAAGCCAGGAGUCAGUCAACAGAUCCUGAUCUCGGGUGCAAUGGCGUCGAUACAGAACAACUCCUAUCUGUCUAGGGCAACGGAGAACUUCAUGGUUCUGCUCUCCGAGAACAUGAGCGCCAACUCAUCCACUGCCGACUGCAGCGUGGAAGACAACACGUACAAGUGCAAAUUCGACGAGGAGUUCAAGUACAUUCUGCUGCCCGUCUCCUAUGGCAUCGUGUGCGUGGUGGGGCUGUGCCUCAACCUGCUGGCCCUCUACGUCUUCCUCUUCAGGAUCAAGACCUGGAACGCCUCCACCACGUACAUGUUCAACCUGGCCGUGUCUGACACACUCUAUGUGGUUUCCCUGCCCUUGCUGGUGUAUUACUACGCCAAAGGGGACAAUUGGCCCUUCAGUGUGGGCUUGUGUAAAAUAGUCCGUUUCCUGUUCUACACCAACCUCUACUGCAGCAUCCUCUUCCUGCUCUGCAUCAGUGUCCACCGUUUCCUGGGCAUCUGCUUCCCGCUGAAGUCGCUGCAGUGGGGCCGCGUCCGCUACGCGCGGAGGGUAUCGGGGGUGAUCUGGUUGGUCAUAAUCACGUGCCAGUCGCCGGUGCUCUUCUUCGUCACCACCAGUGUGAGGUGCGAGACCAUCACCUGCCACGACACGUCGAGCAAGGAGCUCUUCGGCCAGUUCGUCAUCUACAGCUCGGUGAUGCUGGUGCUGCUGUUCUGCAUCCCUUUCCUGACCAUCAUCGUGUGCUACUGCCUGAUGGCUCGGAAGCUGCUGCAGCCCACUCGGGGGACCUCCAAGAGGUCCAAGUCCAAAAAGAAGUCGGUCAAGAUGAUCAUUGUUGUCCUGGUGGUCUUCAUCAUCUGCUUCCUUCCUUUCCAUGUCACUCGCACCUUGUACUACUCCUUCCGGAGCUGGGACCUUAGCUGCGGGACCCUCAAUGCCAUUAACUUAGCCUACAAAGUAACCAGGCCCUUAGCUAGCACCAACAGCUGCCUGGAUCCCAUUUUGUACUUCUUAGUAGGCCAAAGGUUUGUGAAGUUCGCAGGCAACAAAAUGCCAGUGAAAACUCCAAACCAAACGGCCCUGAGGGGAGCUCCCAUCAGCAACACGGGAACCAGCAGCAACCUACAUAUGAUAGCCAAAAUGUGAAAUCCUAGCCUGCUACAUUUCUGUCCACUGUCCCGCCACAUUGCAGACUAGUCUAUCUCCGUGGUGGAAGGACUUCUCCACUGUGUGUAGGGGAGUCUGGCAUGCGGCCAUUAUGCAUGCGUAACCCACUGGUGAGCGUGUUACAGGUCCCACUCUGCGCUGAGUUGCAGAGGAUCUGAGUUGUUGCAGCCCCCAGCUACAGAGGCAUGUCUCUUUAGCUAACGCUGCAGCAGCUCAUGCUUUUCGCUCUGAAGGUCCUACCUAUGGUGUGUCAGCCAAGGUGACAGCUGUCACCCAUUCAGUUGAUGCCCUAGGCUUCAGGUGUUGAUGCUUGAGCAGGAAUGCUUCAACAAGAUACACCUGUGCCAAUGUCACCAGUUUAAUGAGUUUUUUGGAACUAAGGUGCUGCUGCAAGGAUAUAUUAUAAUCCCAUAUGCAUGUCCUCAUUCAGCUCUGCAACCAGAAUACUUCUCCUCCACCAAACCCACUCCUCUCUCUGAUCCUGAAAGAUGUCUAUCUAGGAGUGAACAAAGACUACUUGGUGCAUGGUGGUCAGGCCAAAGAAGUGACAAGCAUGGUAAAAGAAUAAUAGCCAUGCGAAAAGUUCAUACUGGUUUUUCUAAACCAAAUUUUUUCCAAAAAAACCCCAAACCCUGUCGAUAUUACUGAAAUGUUCUGCCUUUCACAACAUUUUCUGAUGAUGUUUUUAUCAAAAAAUUAUUGCAAUUGGCAAGAAAACACCGUUUUCAGUGCGUGAAAAAGGUCGAUAAUUAUUUUGACAAAGAUUUCAAUCCGAAUAUUGAUUUAGAAUAUCUCAGAAAAUGGAGCCCUGGGAAAUGGAAAAGACUUCGACAUUUUUCACAAAAUCAUUUCCCCAUUUUUCAUCCAGCCCCCGGAGCAUCUCGUGGGGAAGUUUUUGUCAUUCAUACAAGGGAUGUGAGACUUUUUGCCUCACUCCAAGCUGGGGGGGUGAGGGGGGGAGGAGGAGGGGAUGACUCUGUGGAAAAAUAGUUACA